UACCACAUGAAAAAUAUAAAGUAGAUGAAGAAGUAAAAAUGUAUCGUGUUGAUAUCUUACAGCAAAAUUCGAUCUAUUCAUCUCUAUCCGAUGCUAAUAAGUUUUUUUUUAAAGUUUAUCCAUGAGGUAUUGUACUUUGAAUCUUAUACAGUUAGCCUAGGCCAAUAUGAAGACAUAUAUAUAUGAUAGAAACACGAAGUUUACUUUGACUGCAAUGAGCAAAUUAGCACAAGAAUAGAUUUAUGGCUUAGAUGCGAUAGAAACAACCAAUUACACUAAUUAUGUCUAACAAUAUGAGGCAAUAUUUAAAAAGUCCUAUAUUGAAGAACUAAAUGAUCAUGAUGAUGAUUAUAGCAUCUAUACUACAGAUGAUGCUGAUGAUUAAUGACUUUUAUGAUGAAUUUCGUAAAUAUCUUAAAAUUCUUUUCGAUUAAUCGAUUUUGAAUUCAGAAAAUCAUUCUAAUGAAAACAUCAAUAAAAUAAAGUUUGAAUAGAACUAACUCAAAAUAUUGAUUCGUUAUUAUCAAAAGAAAUUCAAUGUACAUUUUUAGUAGAAAAACAAAUUCGAAGGUGGCUAAAAACUUUUAGAAGAAAAUAUUUGUUAACUCUUCAGAUUUUGAAGAAAUUUGAUGUGCACCCUUCAGUACAGUCUUCACAACUUUAGAACACAAACAGUUAGUAAGCUCGGUCUUGCGUGAAUCAAUAGAGAAGAAGCUAAGCUAUCUGCUCAUUAUAUUAUAGUUGAAAAAGUAUAUUAUUUUCAAAGACGAUUAAGAUCAUCUUCAAAACUAAGAAGGACAGAUCUCAGAAGAAAAGAGCCCUAGAAUUUUUCAUCAACUUUGUAAAAAGACAGAACAAUGUCAAGUCUGGAUAGUGUUAAAAAUCCGAGUUCUCUCUCUCUUUUUAUUUUAAAACUAUUCAAAAAAUGCCUACAUUCAUUUAACGCUGAAAUGAACAUUACAUCGUGUUUCACAUUUGUAAUCCUGCAGGAAUUAUGAUAACAGUUUUUUGUUAUAAAUGACUUUUCUUUUAUUUAGGUCGAGUAGUAACUAGUGCUUGGUGGUUUUUUAGUUUAAUACUUGUUUCAUCAUAUACAGCUAAUUUAGCAGCUUUUUUAACAGUUGAAAGAUUAGUACCGCCAAUUGAUUCUGUUGAAGAACUUGCUAAACAAACAGAUAUUCGAUAUGGAACAUUAAUAGGUGGUUCAACAAUGGCUUUUUUUAAUAAAUCAACAUUAACAACAUUUAAACGUAUGUGGGAUUUUAUGCAACAAAAUAAAGAUGAUGUUUUUGUUCAAUCAAAUCGUGAAGGUAUUGAAAAAGUUCGACGAUCAAAAGGUAAAUUUGCAUUUCUACUUGAAUCAACAUUAAAUGAAUAUGUUAAUGAACGUAAUCCAUGUGAUACAAUGCGUAUUGGUGAAAAUAUUGAUGCUAAAGGUUAUGGAAUAGCAACACCACUUGGUUCUGAUUUACGUGAAGUUAUAAAUAUAGCCGUUUUAGAAUUAACAGAAAGUGGAGCUCUUGAAAGUUUAAAACAAAGAUGGUAUUAUGAAAGAAGUGAAUGUACAAAUAUUGGUACAAAAGAUUCAAAACAAAGUACACCACUUAAUUUAGCUAAUGUUGCUGGCAUGUUUUAUGUUUUAAUUAUUGGUCUUGGAAUAGCAAUGGUUAUUGCAUUUUUAGAAUUUUUACUUAAAGCAAAAAUUGAUUCAAAACGUUUAAAUCAAAAUAU